AGACCCCUGCCACAAUAAUAAAACACCAUCAUAUCGUAUCGUCAACAAACUCCACGCCUGCAGCUCCACCUGGAGGUGGAAACAGGAACUGCGCGCACAGAUUCCCACAGCCAUGAGUCAGUCCGUCAAGAAAAUGAUGUGGCAGCCUUCAGUGAUGAAAAACAACCCUCCUCAACGAGUCGUGAUGAGGUGAACCGGCGGCUUGAGCUCCAGCAGAGAGAGAGACAGAGAAACACAGAGAGAGAGAGAGAGAGGGGUGGGAGGUGAGGGAUGGAGAGGGGGAGAAAUUGAGUGAGAGAGACCACCAACAUCAGCACCACCGUGCAGGAAAAAAAAAAAAAAAGCGGCUGUCUCUUCAGAGACCAUCCCCGACGCCCACACUUCCGGACUGGAGCCUCUGGAGGCAGCUGGGUCGGGAUGCAUCCGUCUCCCCGGUGCUGCUUGAGAUGAGGAUAAGACGACGACGUCUUUCCCCGUUACAUUAGACCCGGUCCGUUACAAUCUGAGCAGAACUGAACAAACCUCGGCGGCUACUCGCUCAACAUUCAGAGGGGAUUCAAAGGCUUUAGCCAUACUGUCUGUCUGCUGUCAACUGUUGCUUUAUUUCCACUGUAAAUGAAUCUUGUAAGGUUUAUGAACAACCGCGUUCCUCCUAACAAGAGAUACCAGCCCACAGAAUAUGAGCAUGCUGCCAAUUGUGCCACGCAUGCGUUAUGGAUAAUCCCCAGCCUGCUGGGCAGCUCAGUGUUGCACUUCCAUUCGGAGGACCAAUGGGAGCGACUGUCAGCCUGGGUGUACGGGGCGGGGCUCACCUCGCUCUUCAUCAUCUCCACCCUGUUCCACACUGUGGCCUGGAAGAAGAGCCACCUACGGUCUGUGGAGCACUGUUUCCACAUGUGUGACAGGAUGGUGAUCUAUUUCUUCAUUGCUGCCUCCUACGCCCCGUGGCUGAAUCUGCGGGAGCUGGGUCCCUGGGCGUGCCACAUGCGCUGGUUGGUGUGGGUCAUGGCCUCUUUCGGAACCACCUACGUCUUCUUCUUCCAUGAGAGGUAUAAGAUCAUGGAGUUGAUCUGCUAUACGGUGAUGGGAGUAUUUCCUGCCAUGGUCAUUCUUUCAAUGCCGGAGCAGUCGGGGUUGUGCGAGCUGCUGUUGGGUGGAGCCUGCUACUGUCUUGGGAUGGUCUUUUUCAAAAGUGAUGGCAUUGUUCCAUUCGCUCAUGCCAUUUGGCACCUGUUUGUUGCUAUGGGAGCAGCCAUACACUACUACGCCAUCUGGAAGUACCUCUAUGCCCAGCCACCCAAUCAGGUCCAAACCUCCAGAUGACAUCAGCACUGACCUCACAAGAAGUUGCUCCUGUGUUUGAGCAACUUCAAGGGGAUGAUGUAGGCUGUGUACCAAUUCGGGGGCUGCCUCCUUUGGAAAGCAAGUAGGCUAAACCUCUUGCUCAAAUAAGAUGGUAUGAAAAACUGAUGGUGCGUUCAGGUGAUCCUCUUCUACUUAUAAAGUCAAACAAAUCCAUGUUUAUCAGGAAGCCCGCACAGCCAUGCUUAGCUGCUAUGUGAGGAUGUGCUUGCCUAACAAGCUGAUGUUUAGACGAUUUAAUACUUCUUGCUUGUUGCCUGAACCACAAAGUACCUGACGGGAGUGUUGUUAGAUUUGCAGGGGAUAAUCACAAGUCACAGUUCACCCUAAAGGGGAAAUUAAUACUGUCUAUAUUGACCUAAUUUUAUGGAAAUAUCCAAUAGCUACAGCAGCAUUUCAUUCAUCCUCGUACUAGGAGUUACCCAAAGUCAUUGAGAUUCAUCAUCUGGGAACUAUGAAUCUCUAAACAAGUAGAUUUCAGUAAAUGAUUAAAAACAUUGGUGACCCAAAAGGAAAAGUCAGGGGAUUACCAAAGAUAAAGAUUCGUCCUCUGGGCACCAUGGAUAUCUUAACUGAGUUUCAUGGGAAUCCAUCCAAUCUGGACAAAAUUGAUGGACCAUCUGGCUGACUAAGAUUGCCAUCUCUAGAGGAAGGCUUGGGUAAAGAACUACUGAUGAAAUUCAGGCAGGAUUAAUGAGUUAUGAUACAGUGUAGUAGAGUAAUGAUGUAUCCACAUUACUUAAAUGUAUCUUUAACACUCGCAUCUUGAAUGUGGAAUGCCUGGAAGCCAUUAUUUACAUCUUGCACAGGCUUUUGUAUAGCUGACAAUAACCCGAUGUCAAAUAUCUGGUAAAUAUGAUGUGAUUUUUCCUGACUUUAUGAGUUGAUGAGGACUUUUGAACGCACCAUUAAAUAAUUACCUGGCAUGCAAAGUAUUGUAGGAUGAUGGGAAUGUGUCAAAAACAAAGUCUCCUUUUGGAGGAGACUUUGCUGUGAGAAAUCCUUUUAGCCUGAUGUGAUAACUCUGGACUUCAAAGGAGACAGCCUACUGACUGAGACGCGGCCUUCAUUUUUACUCGUGCAGUUUAGUUUCAAUUUCAAGUUGUUUUUUCAGGAAUUUUUGGUUUCAUUCCAAUGAUCAGGGGUUAAAAUACUAUUCUUGGAGAUUUCUCUCUAUGUGGUGCACGUCCGGAUUCAGUGUUCAGAAGCUGAAUUGAAGGCAUUGUCUUAUUGUCAAGAGGAGGACAAUGUUUACAAUUAGCUGACUUGACCAUCAUGAUUACUUUUAGGACAUUUAUUUUUGAGUAUAAUUAUCAUCAUUAACAGAAGGUGUUGUUUUGGUUUUUGGAUUAUAUUUAGGUGGUUGCAACAUCAGUAAUUUACUAUUCCAAUUCAGAGCGCUAGAUAUAGUGUUACUGUUAUUGUUAUUAGUUGUGCUAUCUACACUGUAGGACACUGUAUAAUUUAAGAGCGGUUAUUUCAGUCGGUGAUUUACUGUGAUUUAAAAAUCAAGCAUGACUGUAGAACGAUCUUUUAUGUUGAACAUACAGAUAUUUAUGGUUUUAGACUCUGAGACUUUACCUGUGUGCUUCCACAUUUAUCAGGCUCUACACAGUAGAUUAUCAAGCAUAAUUACUGAAUUCUAAUAGUUUACUGUUGUUGAUUAGGUUUAGUAAGUGAAGAUGUCAUCAGUACGAUUUAUACAGUAUAUAUUUAUCAAUGACGUACAGUAUAUGUUGAGUUCAUCUAUAUUUUCUUCUAAUACUUAUAGUGUCAGCUGAUUAUCUUCAUUAUCCUAAUGAAUGGGACCCAUUUGAUAGAGUUUGCGCUACAUGGUUGAACCUCAGAGGAGAAAAACACUGUCUGAUUCAGCACUGCCAGAAGACUGACUUACUGCCGUAACUGAUAGCACACUACUACCAUAUAUACAUCUCACACUUGAAAGGAAACUGAAGCUAUAGUAUUGUUGAACAAUCUGGCCCAAUAUUAAGGCAUCUCAGGUGUGUGUAUGCUUGUCUGUAUGUGCGUGUGUGUGUGUGUGUGUGUGUGUGUGUGUGUGUUUGUAUGUAUCCUAUACUAUCUGACUCCCAUGAAUCCAAAGCCUCCAAUCAGCUGAGUCUAUGUUUACACGUGAACGCAUGUACCUUGAACACAUAAAAAAGUAUAUUUGAAAUAUGUAUGUACUCUUAGUGUUAAGCUGUAUGUGGUGGCACACGGUAUAUAGGACAAGCUUAUAUAGUAUGAUAAAUGUGGCUAGAGGACCAAAAGGUCAUACCGACUAUAGUACUAAUAGGUGUAAAAGUUUUUUUUUAAAACCUCUGCUCCUGUUCAACAUCUUUUCACUGCUGUGUGUCUCUCAGGAUUUGGAUCAUUUAGGCUUAAAAGCCUGUAAAGCCACAUUCAAGGACCAUUAAAGCUGCUCUGGUUGUUGGGGCGCUGUCUGCAGCAUGGAAAAUCUGCAUACAGAAUCAAAUAGGUGUGAAGCUUCUUUAAUGCUUGCACCACCUACAUACAACCUCAUUUGCUUACUCACAACCCCCAAGUAGGGCAGCAGUCCCAAAAGUUUUCUGCAAGCUUUACAUAUGGGUAAUAUUUAGAAAGUGAGCCAACAGCUUUAAAGCAGACAGACACUGACGUAAAAAACACUACAGGUAUUAAAGCAGCAGAUGUGUUUAUAGGAUACCUUUGCUGUAAAAUUCACAAAAUCUGUAUUUAGAUUUGCAUCAAAAUUCACUGUGAUAAACACUUAUGAGAUGAAUGUGCCAAAUUUGUUUUCAUUUAAUGUAGUACUAGAGAAAAUUUGGGUUAUCCUACAAUGUUAAGAGGUCAUUAGUGGUUCCACACCACAACGAAUUUAACUUUAACAUAACUUGUACCUUAGCCUAUGGCCAAAUAAACACACUUUUUAAAAAAGAUAUCCUGCUAACUAACAGACAAAAUAGGAUCAGUGGUUUUGGCAGAGGUUAUAAAAUUAUAUUAUCCAAGAAAUAGAACAAAUCAACACAUUUCUAACACAGGAUCAGCUGCCUAAACAGGUCCUGGGGUCUCAAAUGUACUUUCAUUUAAAAACUUCUUUGUUUCCUCAAUAACUAAAGAUUUUUGCAGUUAUCAACCAGCACAUUCCUUCUCUGACCAACAAAUACACCAGGAUUUAAAAUAAUUUGGAUUUGGGGUGUCGUUUAGCUCAGUUGGUAGAGCAACCACCCCAUGUACGAAGGCUCAGUCCUUGCCGCGGCAGCCCAGGGUUCUAAUCCAACCUGCGGCUCUUACCUGCAUGUCAUUCCCCAUCUUUCUCUCCCUACAUUCCUGUCACUCUCCAGCUGUCUCUGUCA